UUGAAGGUCACAUAAAACCCCCCUUAUCCCCUCCUCUCUCUGUGCUCUGGUUUUCACCCUGGGGUUUUCCGUCAAUGAUCUCGCCGGCGUCAGCGGAGCCUUCGAUAAGGAAUUGGUGAUUUCGGUUGGACCUCCUAGACCGGGCGACGACGAUCGACGGCUACGAUCGCAUGGAGGUUUUCAAGCGCUAUGCUCGGAGGAGGAGGAGAGUGAAAGAACCCAAGAAGAACUCGGCGUCAGCGGUUGCGGUGGUGGUGGAGGCGGCGAUGGGCUCGCUUGAUCCGUCCAGGGUGUGCGCAGAAUGCCGUACCUCUCAGACCCCGCUCUGGCGGAGCGGCCCUAAUGGCCCCAGGUCUCUGUGCAAUGCAUGUGGGAUCAGGUACCGGAAGAGGAGAAAAGCUGAGAUCAAUGGAGAAGAUAAGCAUCGAAAGACUAGUGCUUCCACGGCUACUAGGACUAUUAAAGGAAAAAAUGGAAGCAUGAUUGCUUCUUUGGAGGUGGUGGGAGAGGAGCUGAGGCGGAGGCAGAAGGAGAAGCAGGAGAGGAUGCUGCUGCGGCUUUUGGAGCGCCAGAAGCAGAGGAGCAGGGGGUUGACGGCGGCAGCUACGGCAGCCGCCGGGAGAGGCGCCGGCAAGGAGGAGGCGGAGGCGGCGCUGCUCCUGCUGUCACUCUCCUCUUCGGGCAUCUUUGUCCAUCCUAGUACUGGGUGACGUGCCCCACCACUCCCUCUCCGACCUCUCUCCUUUUUUGUUUUUUUUUUUGUCUUCUCUGUGGUGCACCAGAAGAGAGAGAAACAAAAGAGAUAAUUGAAAACAGCUUUUCUUGUUUUUUUUUCUAAUGUUGUUUUCUCUUUUUUAAGUUAAUAGAUGAUGGUGAUAUCAUAAGUAAUUAUCUUGUUAAUGGAGUAUUUGUUUAUCGAGAAACUCUCGUACUCUCUUUGGCUUGCAAUGGCUGCAAAAGAGAAUUUUGGCUUUUGAGCCGAGAGCGAAGGAAAUUGAGGGAAUGUGAAUUGUAAAGUUGGUUCUCUGGUGGAAGAACGGUUU